AUGGCUGGGAACGUGGACGCGGCGAAAGUGAAUAUGCCUGCAGAGAAAGAGGCAGCGAAGAUAGGUAAGAGCGUUGCUGGCGAUUCGACUGCCGAAGCUAACGCUGCGCCCGCUAACUCUGUCAAGGACACUCUAAAAGCAGACGAUCAGCUUGCAAACGGCGGGGAAGUUGUGAAAGAGGGGAUGGCUGCCGGGGGCGGGAAUAAUGCAGGGGAGCCGCAAGCAAAUGGCGAGAAUGUUGUAAUCGCGGACGCUGAGAAAAUGGAACCCGUUAAAGCGGAAGCGACUAAGCCGGAAGCCGCUAAGGCAGAAGCGGGAGCAGAGGCGAAGAACGAUGCGGAAAAAACGGAAACUGAGAAAGCAAAGGCGGAAGAGAAGGCGGAAGCAAAAGCGGAAGAGAAGGAGGAAGCGAAGGCAAAACUUAAGGCGGAAGCAAAGGCGGAAGAGAAGGAGGAAGCAAAGGCGGAAGCAAAGGCGGAAGAGAAGGAGGAAGCAAAGGCGGAAGCAAAGGCGGAAGAGAAGGGGGACGCGAAGGCGGAAGAGAAAACUGAAGCAAAGGGGGGAGAAAAGGAGGAAGCAAAGGCGGAAGAAAAGGCUGAAACGAAGGCGGAAGAUAAGGCAGAAGCGAAGGCGGAAGAGGAGGCGGAAGCAAAGUCAGCAGAAAAUGGGGGCGCGGAAAAGGCGGAAGUUGGGAAGGAAGCUGAUAAGGCCGACACGGGGAAAGAGGAAGCGGAGAAGGCGGCGGUGAAGCCAGAAACGGGGAAGGCUGAUGUGGAGAUGGCGGAAGCGGAGAAGGCGGCGGUGAAGCCAGAAACGGGGAAGGCUGAUGUGGCGAUGGCGGAAGCGGAGAAGGCGGAUGCGGGGAAGGCGGAAGCGCCGAAGGCGGAAGCGGGAAAGACGCGGAGGUCGCGGAGGUCUCAAGCCGCCAGUGGUGACGCUGAAACCACCAACUCGAAGAAGAGGAAAGCUGAAACCGUCGAAGAGGAUAAUGCCGCGUCGAAGGAAGACGCGGCGCCGCCGGUAAGCGAGGCGCCGCCGACAGGCGAGCUGCCGGAAGGAGAGGGCCCGACGUGCUACUGCGACGCGGCGGAUGGGGAGGAGGGGCGGGAGGUGGAGGAAAAAGCGGAGGGGGAAGCAGCGGCUGAGUCCGCGGGAAAGGCGGCUGAUGGGGAGAAAAAAGAGGGCGAAACGGACGCGGGGGAAGCGAAGGAAGCGGAGAAAAAGGACGGAGACGGGGAGGCGAAGGCAGAGGGGGAGGGGAAGGCGGAGGGGAAGGGGAAGGGGACGCGGAAGCGGUUGGCGGUGGUGCGGACGGUGACGGCGGCGGCGAACGAGAACAAGGGGCUGCGCUACUGGACGUGCGCCAACUACCAGCCGCGCCCCUUCAAGCGCCCCCGCCACGCGCGCAAGGGCGCGCGCCACGCGGCGGCGGAAGGGGACGAGGCGGAGGGGAAGAAGGAUGUCACGCGGUGCAAUUUCUUCAGGUGGCUGGACACCCCGCGUGUGACCAAGGAGGAGAAGGCCGCAGCGGCGAGGGAGAAGCGGCGCAAGCGAGAGCUGGCGCUGCUCGCAUGA